AUGGCUGGUCCACCUACCACUACUAAUAAUCAUGCAAAUGCUGCUGCUCCACGUCCGCCUGUUCCUGUUCGUAAAGAACGUCCGCCUUCACCUCCGCCGUCCAUCUACGAUAGCAAAGCCCAGACUCAUUACACUGUCGGUGCUUUGUUGGGAGAGGGAGGAUUUGCUCGAUGCUAUGAAGUCCUUGAUGAUAAAGAGAAUCGAUUUGCUGCCAAAGUAGUCUACAAACCAUCACUCAAGUCUCAAAAGCAACGGCAAAAGCUUGUUUCUGAGAUCAGCAUUCACAAGUCUUUGUCGCACCCAUGCAUUGUCCGGUUUAUCAAUGUAUUCGAGGAUGAUGUCAACGUGUACAUGAUUUUGGAAAUUUGUGAAAACAAGACCUUUGUGGAUAUGAUAAAAAAGCGGAAACGGCUUACUGACCCAGAAAUUAGAUAUUAUAUGUACCAGCUACUCGACUCUAUUCGAUAUAUGCAUCGGCACGGUGUGAUUCAUCGUGAUAUCAAAUUAGGAAACCUGUUUCUGGGUGAUCGGAUGCAAAUGAAGAUUGGCGAUUUUGGAUUGGCUGCGUUACUUAAACACGACGGCGAACGAAAAAAAACAAUAUGUGGUACCCCCAAUUAUAUUGCUCCAGAAGUAUUGUUCAACAAAGAAGGUCAUAGUUUCGAGGUAGAUAUUUGGAGUCUUGGCAUUGUCAUGUAUACAUUUGCAAUCGGAAAACCACCUUUUCAAACAAAAGAUGUCAACUCAAUUUAUGAACGAAUUCGUGAAAACAAUUUAGAAUUUCCUGCAAAUAUACCCAUUUCCGAUGAUGUUCGAAUCAUUAUCAAGUCGUUGCUUCACUCUGACCCAGAACAACGCCCAUCUAUUGACGAUGUACUAGAGCAUCGAUUUUUUUCCACGGAGCCUAUACUAAAAGAGAUUCCUGUAUCAGCUCUUCACACACCGCCUAUUUUUGACACCUAUCCGAAACAGACAGAGCCAUCCAAUAGAUACACUUAUGCCACUCAAGUCGAUGCAGACAAACUUCAUACAUCUCCACAGGGUACUCGACAUCAACAGAUGAAUGACAAGCAGCUUCAAACAAAAUCCUUGUACGGUGGCUUGGUCACUGCGAUUUCAGAUGUUCGAUUCAAUGAGCCGGCUCGUGCUUUAGGAGCAGUACGACAAUCACGUCCAGAAUCUAUUGGACUACGCUCCCCAAGAAAUCCACCAAUAGCAAUUUCAGAUCCGGUUCCACUUCAUGCAGUACCAGCCACGCCGUAUGAAUCUGUAUCUUCUCAACCUUCCAAGCAUCGCUUGCAGCCUGUGACUGUGCAGGCGCCUACUCUACUACGAUCAGCACUUCAGCCAUCACCAGCACAUGGCGUGACACCCAACCACCUUUUGUCUCCAACUUCCAAGACUCAAAGUCAUGGCGUACGAGAGCAUUCAUCAAACUCACCUCCGGAUCAAACUGAGAAUACACCCACAAGUUCAUCAGCACCAACACCACCAUCAAUCACCUCAUCAAAAUCAAGCAACUCUAAAGAUGUGUCGCGAAAAAGCAAUGCUCCUUUAGAAGAACUGCUACAGGUGCUUACAAAUGGACUUUAUGAGAGGGAAGUUCGAGGUACUGAUGGCAUGAAUGAGCUUGCUAAUGAUAUCGCUCAUUUGCAAUUUGGAGAACAUCCGCUUGAACAUCCAGAUUUGUUUAUUACAAAAUGGAUUGAUUAUUCCAACAAAUACGGUCUUGGUUACCAACUUCGUGACGGCUCUGUUGGCGUGUACUUUAACGACUCGACAUCUAUUAUUCUUGCAUCAGAUGGUUUCCACUUUGAAUAUCUGUAUACUAGUAAGUCUACAGAAAAGAUUUCGAUGCAUUGCGGUGCAUGGAAUUUGGAUUCGUUUCCCACAGACUUGACAAAAAAGGUGACACUAUUAAGGCAUUUCAAGGGGUAUAUGCAGGAAAACUUAUACAGAGCAUGCUCCACUAACUUGGACAGCCCUCCUAAAAUCGUGUCACUGGAGUAUCUCACCAAGUAUUUGCGAACCAAAAAUGGUGUUUUCUUUCGUUUGAGCAACCAUACGCUGCAGCUUAAUCUAUUUGACCAUACCAAAUUGAUUAUUUCUGAGCGAGGUGAAGUUGUGACAUAUAUCGACUCGAAUAGGGAAAUGCAUACUCAUUCGCUGAGCUGGUUUUUAAGACAUGGUUCACUGGAUGUGAUUGACCGAAUAUCAUAUAUUCGCGGUGUAAUCCACCAAAUACUCACCAAAAAAAGCAAGCGGAUAGUUACCAAUACGAAAAACACAUGA